AUGCUACUCGACGACUCCUACUCUCCAACUCCUACUCUCCAACUCCUACUCUCCAACUCCAACUCCACGACUCAACUCAACAACUCGUACUUGCGACGGAUAUUCAUUCGUACUCUCUUGCCAGCAAAGCAAGAGCCAUGCCAACACAAAGAGGUGCAGCAAAGGAUGAACAUCAAUGAGCUCACCGGUACCAGUGAACAUCGAUACCCGCAACUGGGUGUCUCAUUGAAAUUAAUGGCAUCCAUGUAUGUCAUCGAUGUACCACCGGGUUAA